GGAACGUCCUCGCCAGCACCAGAACGGCAAAAGUACACCAUUUCACCGCUGUGGAAGAAGGGAUCCAUGCACAACGUGAAAGCCGAGUCGGUGGAUAUAGAAGAUGAUCCUGGUAUCGCCUCGCCACAACUACGAAUCAACGUGAAGAACGCGGCGACCGUGCUCAGGUGUCCAUCUUUAUCUUUGCCACUGAGUCCGAACAGCGUGCCGAAGCUGACUUGGGACAUGGCUGGCCUCAUUCUGAUUUGCUGGGAUGUAUUCUACAUCCCACUCAGUGUGCUAGAUCUCACUCCGGUUCCUUUCACAAUCUUCAUGGACUACUUCACCCUGAUCUUUUGGACCAUGGACAUGCUCAUGUCGUCUGUGAGCGGUUUCUAUAUCCGGGGCGACCUCGAGAUGAGCAUGCGCAAGAUCUGGGUGCAUUAUUUGACGACGUGGUUCCUGGUCGACCUAAUCGUGGUGGUGCCUGACUGGAUCACGACGAUUACGUCAUCGGGUGAAGACAUGGCCCAGAAUCUGAAGAUCUUCCGGGCCUUCCGGGCUCUUCGUAUCCUGCGGCUGCUGCGUCUGUUAAAGCUCCAGCGCAUCGUCAACAUCGCCUACGACUUCAUCAGCAGCGAGUAUGCUUUCAUCAUGAUCGGCAUGCUCCGACUCGUGGUUUUCAUCAUCGUCCUGAACCACGUGAUCGCUUGCUGCUGGUUCCUCACCGGGAAAAUGUCUCACGACACAGGCCUGGAACGCAGUUGGCUAACAGACACGCCAAAUGGCAAUAUGCUCGGCGAGGAUAAGCUGUAUUGGUACACCACCUCCCUGCACUGGAGCUUGACACAGUUCACACCGGCAUCCAUGGAAGUAUCGGCGAGGAAUGUUCCGGAGAGGAUCCUCUCCAUUGCGGUUCUCUUCUUCGCACUCAUCACUUUUUCCUCCUUUGUUGGCAGCAUCACAACUUCCAUGACUGCCCUUCGAAGCAUGCGUGCGGACACGAAGAAGCAGUUCUGGAUGCUCCGGCGCUACCUGAACUCCAAGAAGAUUUCGUAUGCCACACGAUCGAGAAUCAUCAAGUUCCUGGAGUUCCAAUCAGCGAAGAGGCAGGCCGAAGUCAGUCAGGAAAGCAUCGAGAUCCUGGACAUGUUGUCGGUCCCCUUGCAGAACCUGCUCCAGUACGAGCUGCGGAAGCAGUACAUGGAGGCUCAUCCUUUCUUCGCCUACCUUCAGGAACAUAUGCGUCCGGUGAUGAUUCGACUCUGUUCUCGGGUAUUGAAGUUCGUGCCUUUUGCUCCCGAGGAUGUCGUUUUCCGUUCCGGGGAAGAGUCCACGGCCAUGUACGUCGUGCAAUCGGGAGAUGUGGAGUACCAUGCGAAGACCGGAUCUGGAAGAGCACCCAAAAGGCUCGAAGUGGGCAGCAACGGUUGGAUUGCGGAGGCCUCACUCUGGACCAUGUGGUGGCAUCGUGGACAGUGCACCGCUCGCUCGGCGUCAUCGAUUGGCUUGAUCAAGCCAGAUGAGUUUGUGGAGAUCGCAAAAGUCCACACUGCCUCUUGGAACUUCUGCAGGAUGUAUGCCGCGCUGUUCGUGGAAAACCUGAGUCGACUGGAGGUCGACGGUCAGAACGACAUGCCCUGGGCUUUGGAGGACCUCCAGGGCUUCGUGAGCGAGGCAAUUCUCGGAGAGCACGACCACGGAGAGUUUGGGACGUCCUCUGUCAUGUUCCUGCGGCACGAGAG